CAGGGAGGGGAGGUGCGGAAGGGGAGAAAGAUUUUCAGGUGUCGCUCUUAGUUACUCGUUUUAGUGUCUGUACCGCUUUUAGUUGCUAGGUGAGUGUUCCGGAGGCCGGCCGUGACAGGAUCUGAUCCACUGAUGAAGCGGGGCUGAGCAGUGCUGCUGGUGUGUGAACCUGCUUUGAAAACUUGGUUACUGAGGCUUCUCUCCUGGAGAGAUCUGAAUACAGUAUUAAAGAUACCGCUGAAAAAAGAGCUUCUUAAAUUAUAUUUUUGCAGGUUUUAUUCAGGAACACUGUGCCUGUCACUCAACGUAAUUUCAACUUUCCGGCUAAAUGACUUUUGUGCCAGUGAUACCGGAGUCCUACAGCCAUGUUCUUGCAGAGUUUGAGUCUCUGGAUCCAUUACUUUCAGCCCUGAGGCUGGACUCCAGUCGUCUAAAGUGCACGAGCAUAGCUGUGUCUCGGAAAUGGUUGGCUUUGGGCAGUUCAGGAGGAGGACUCAAUCUCAUUCAGAAAGAAGGCUGGAAGCACAGGCUUUUUCUUUCACACAGGGAAGGUGCAAUUUCUCAGGUUGCCUGUUGUUUACAUGAUGAUGAUUAUGUUGCUGUAGCUACCAGUCAAGGUCUUGUAGUUGUUUGGGAAUUAAAUCAGGAACGUCGUGGGAAACCAGAACGAAUUUAUGUGUCUUCAGAGCAUAAAGGCCGAAAAGUUACAGCUCUCUGUUGGGACACAGCUAUUCUUAGAGUUUUUGUAGGUGAUCAUAUGGGGAAAGUUUCUGCCAUCAAACUUAACACUUCUAAACAAGCAAAGGCAGCUGCUGCCUUUGUGAUGUUUCCUGUUCAGACAGUAACAACAGUUGACUCCUGUGUUGUGCAGUUAGAUUAUUUGGAUGGAAGACUACUUAUAUCUUCACUUACUCGAUCCUUCUUGUGUGACACUGAGAGAGAAAAAUUUUGGAGAAUCGGAAGCAAGGAAAGAGAUGGAGAAUACGGAGCUUGUUUCUUCCCUGGAAGAUGUUCCUCAGGCCAGCAACCCCUAAUAUAUUGUGCUCGCCCUGGCUCCAGGAUGUGGGAAGUGAACUUUGAUGGGGAAGUUAUAAGUACACAUCAGUUUAAGAAACUCCUCUCGUCACCACCUCUCCCUGUGAUUACUCUAAGAUCAGAUCCUCAGUAUGAUCAUACAGUUGGAUCCUCCCAAUCUUUGUCUUUCCCCAGACUCUUGCAUGUUAGCGAGCACUGUGUGCUGACUUGGACAGAAAGAGGAAUUUAUAUUUUCAUUCCUCAGAAUGUUCAAGUUCUUCUUUGGAGUGAAGUCAAAGAUAUUCAGGAUGUGGCUGUCUGCAAGAAUGAGCUGUUCUGUUUGCACCUAAACGGGAAAGUCUCACAUCUUUCUCUGUUGUCUGUGGAACGCUGUGUGGAACGCCUGCUGAGGAGAGGCCUGUGGAACCUGGCUGCUCGCACUUGCUGUCUUUUCCAAAACUCUAUUAUCGCCAGCAGAGGAAGAAAAUCUUUGACUGUGGAUAAAUUGGAGCAUUUGAAGUCUCAGCUAGACGUUACAACCUAUAAUGAUCUAAUUACUCAACUGGAAGAAUUGAUCUUAAAAUUUGAACCUUUGGAUUCAGCUUGCAGCAGUAGAAGAAGCUCCAUUUCGUCACAUGAAAGUUUCAGCAUCUUGGACUCUGGUAUUUAUCGGAUCAUUAGUAAUAGAAGAGGCAGUCAGUCAGAUGAAGACUCUUGUUCCCUUCAUAGUCAGACCCUCUCAGAAGAUGAGAGACUCAAAGAAUUUGCCUCACCUCAAGAAGAGGACCAACCAGAUCAGUGUUGGAGCUCACACGGAAAUGAAGACAGAGGUUCUCAUGUUCCUGUGACAUUUGAGACAGAUAAAAAUGAAACUUUUCUCCCCUUCGGCAUCCCGCUAUCAUUUCGUUCUCCAUCUCCUCUUGUGUCUCUUCAGGCUGUCAAGGAAAGUGUUUCUAGCUUUGUGCGUAAAACCACUGAGAAGAUUGGCACCCUUCAUACAAGCCCUGAUCUGAAAAUAAGACCAGAACCCAGGGGUGAUGAGCAGUUCUGUGAAGACGAGAUGAGUCCAGUCACCUGCCCGAAGGAACAAGACACUGAGGGCAAAAGAGAAGUAAUUAGUCAACCUCCAGAAGAAGACAAGCUCCAAGAGCUCAAAGAAGCGACAGCAGAAGCAAUGACCAAGCUACAGAACCCACUGGUUUUGUUUGAACCCACAUCUCUGAGAAUGGUCUUACAGGAGUGGCUUUCACAGUUAGAAAAAACGUUUGCCGUGAAGGACUUUUCAGGUAUUUCAGAUACUGGCAACUCAUCCACGACAUCAAACCAGGAUGUGCUAUUGUUUGACCAGUCAAAAAAGGAAAUACUAGAUGAAGAUAAUGAAAAAAGAGAGUCUUUAGGCAAUGAAGAACCUGUUGAUCCAACAGCAUGUGAACCUACAAAUAGUCUGAGGGAGCCCCUGGAUGACAUUUUCCAAGUGUGUUCUCCGUGCAGCAUAGCUAACAGUCUUCAGAAGGACGUGGCUGAAUUGACAACGUUGUGUUUGGAAUUGAAUGUAUUGAAUUCUGAGACCAAAAGCACAAGUGGACAUGUGGACCACACUUUGCAACAGUACUCUCCUGAAAUUCUGGCUUGCCAGUUCAUAAAGAAGUACUUUUUUCUCUUGGACUUGAAAAGAGCAAAGGAGAGUAUCAAGCUUGGUUACGCUA